UCUCUUCUCUGUUGCAGGUGUCUGGUGCACUGACCUUGCCUGUAUCAGGCAAGGAGUCAGAGGACCAGCGCCAUGACUGACUCUCCUGGCCCUGGUGGUUGUGGCUUAGUGCCAUGGCCGAAGGUGUGGAAAUGGGUUCUGGCUUCCUCACUGGUCUCUGUGAUAGCUUUGACUUUGCCAGAGAGCAGCAAGGCCUGUCCUCCACGAUGCGAGUGUUCAGCUCAGCUGAGGUCUGUGUCCUGUCAACGGCGGCGGCUCACAAACAUCCCAGAAGGCAUUCCAACCGAGACACGGAUCUUGGACCUCAGCAAGAACCGGCUUCGUUGGGUGCAGGCAGGUGAUCUGGCACCAUACCCUCGGCUGGAAGAGGUAGACCUUAGUGAAAACCUCAUCGCCACAUUAGAGCCCAAUGCCUUUGCUGCACUUCAGAAUCUAAAAGUCCUAAAGUUGAGGGGCAACCAGCUGAAGUUAGUGCCUAUGGGGGCAUUUGCGAAGCUGGGCAAUCUCACCAGCCUGGAUCUAAGUGAGAACAAGAUGGUGAUUUUAUUGGACUACACCUUCCAGGAUAUGAGGAAUCUUAAACAGCUGGAGGUUGGAGACAAUGAUCUGGUUUAUAUAUCUCACAAGGCAUUCUCAGGACUUCUGGGACUGGAGGAUCUCACAAUAGAGCGCUGCAACCUCACAUCCAUCUCUGGCCAGACGCUAUCCUACCUCCACAGUCUGGUCACUCUUCGCCUUCGACAUCUUGGUAUCACUGCCCUGGAGGAUCAGAACUUUCGCAAAUUGACCAACUUGCGGGGUCUGGAUAUUGAUCACUGGCCAUACCUUGAGUAUAUCUCCCCGCUUAGUUUUCAGGGCCUUGACCUUCACUGGCUCUUCAUCACCAACACUAACAUCACCUCUGUCCCGUCUGCCUCCUUCAAGAACCUGGUGCACCUCACCCAUCUCAACCUGUCCUUCAAUCCCAUUACCACAUUAGAGCCUUGGGCAUUCAAGGACUUGCUGAGGCUAAAGGAGCUCAUCAUGGUGAGCACUGGGUUGCUGACAGUGGAGCCUCAUGCCCUUGGAGGCCUCAGACAGAUUCGAGUACUCAACUUCUCCUCCAACGACCUGCAGACUCUGGAAGAGGGGUCCUUUCACUCUGUUAACAGUCUGGAGACCCUCAGAGUGGAUGGCAAUCCCUUGUUGUGUGACUGCCGUCUGUUGUGGAUCCUGCAAAGACGCAAGACCCUCAACUUUGACGGCAGAGUGCCGGUGUGUGCAGGGCCCUUGGAGGUGCAAGGGGUCAGCCUCAGCGCCUUCUCUGAUUCUGCUCUCUUCGAUCACUUUACAUGUCAGAAACCUAAGAUACGCAACCGUAAGAUGCAGCAGGUGGUUGCUCGGGAAGGCCAGCCAGUGAGUUUUGUAUGUCGAGCUGAUGGAGAUCCUACACCUGCUAUUAUCUGGAUCUCACCACAACGUAGACGAAUCACAGCAAAGAGUUCAGGUCGUAUCACUAUUCUCCCUAGUGGUACUCUGGAGAUCCGCUACGCUCAACUUACUGACAGUGGGACGUACAUCUGCAUUGCCACAAAUGCCGGGGGCAAUGAUACCUACUUCGCCACUCUCACGGUGCGAGGCCAACCACUAGACUCUGCCUCCGCCUUCUUUCUUAACCGCUCUCUGUACAGCGGCGAGUACUUCAACGACACAAAUCUAAACAGCACACGGGUUUUCCUCAAGUUCACCUUGGACCUGACUACCAUUUUGGUCUCAACGGCCAUGGGUUGCAUCACCUUUCUGGGAGUGGUUCUCUUCUGCUUCCUGCUGCUGUUCGUGUGGAGCCGGGGGCGCGGCCAGCGCAGGAACAACUUCACAGUGGAGUACUCGUUCCGAAAGUCUGAACCCGCAACAGGGACCGCCACAGGAGGGACUAGGAAGUUUAACAUGAAAAUGAUAUGAAACAACGCAGCCAGGGGUCCUUCGGGGGAGGCAUGAGCACGUCCCAAAAACGUGUUUGACACACACAAACACACACAGCCGCUAACUCACAAAGAAGUUUGAAAGCACAAUUAGCUCCUGUCUAUAGCUCUCCUCCAAAUUGAGUGGCCACAUAAAAAAAAUUUAGUUCUGAUUUAAUUUGGUGUAUGUGGGAAAAUUGAAAUGGCUCUAAUGUUGCCACCUUGCAGUGGUUUACUUCAGCUUGUGGCUGUGAAUGACUCCGCAAGGAAUCGCAGUUUAAUGGGCUACUAGCCAGUCAUCCUUGAUAAUAAUGGUGUAGCAAGGAAUAGACGUCAAUGAUAAAUGGAGCGUGUAAGAUGAGCAGCACUUUUUUGGUUAUUUAAACAAUGAGAAUAAACGCUCAGUGAUUGGCAAAGUAUGUCAUAGAGACCAUCAAUUUAAGUGUUCUUUUGGUUUUUGCUUCUUUGUGAGAUUUCACCCAAAUAUGUGCUGUGUGAGUUUGGGACGAGCGUGCCGGUCAAGACCUGCUGUGGUUGCCUGUGACUCAGACAAUUACAAAUCAGGAACACCAAACACAGGCCACCACAGGAACCAAAGAAACCAAUGCAAGAGAGAACAAAUGGUCCGGGCUGAGGUGAACCGAAGGUACCUGUGUUUACGCUACCUUACACAAACCCCUAAGUCCUGUUCUCUAAUGCAUUGGUGGCCACCUAACCUUCCUGGUGCUGCCCGGGGGGAGCAGCCUGGAGAGUUGGGUCAUUCUCAGAGGUAGAAAAAGAACAUACAGCGUGCACAAGACAGCCACACUUCGCCAAAUUGGUGAUGACACACAGUAGAUCACAUAUAGCACCUUUUCUCAGGAAGAGUGAAGUAACGAGCCAACACAAUGAGAUUACAUUAAGCACAUUUAUUUGUUAAAUGUAACAUUCCAGCAAUACUGUAUAGCCAUAUAGCCAACGCUCAGUCUCCCAAGAGGCAACUGAAAUUUGUGACAGAAGAAACAAAGCCAUAGUUUGUGUAGGUUGAAUUUUUAUAUAGAAUGUGCCUGAUUUAGUUAUAAAAAUAUCACUACUGCCAUCUUACGAGCCGUCCCGGUCUUAACAAGACCAUCUGGUGUCACACUGGAUUUGCAGUGCGCUCCACAGAAUAACACAAACACAUGAGAACAACAAUCAUAGUUGCACAGGAGCAAACAAAUUUGACAUAGCAUACACAAGGAUAAUAAUAAGUCUAUAAUAGCGAUGCUGGCUUCUCUUUCUGUCUCUGAGACGGCCGGUGCGUGAAUGUCUCUGCCCCCCUAGCCCAGUGCAUCCCCCCCCAUUCCCUCCCUUCCCCACACACCCCCACUGGGUCCUCCUUUGGGAGGGGUCCCUGGCUGGAGAAUGAGAAUUAAAAUGUAAAUGAAGUUUUGUUCACCCUACCCACACCAUGUGCAUCGUAUAGUGGAGAGUAGUACUGUGGUCUUAAUGGCAAAAUAACAAUUUUUUGUUUGUUUUUUUGCUCAUAUUUGUUUGUCCCUUAUUUUUAUUCUGUUCAGUUGUUGUUGUCUGUGAUCUUCUGAAUGUUCACUGUCUUGAAGUACCUUGUCUUCCAUGGGAGACGAUUCUGUUCUCAACACCUUAUAAAGUUCACUGCAUGGAACCUGUGAACAUUUCUAGGUGUAGACUAAACCAAGGCUAAACAACAUGUUUAUCAGCCUACUUUAAAAUAGACUGAAGGUUUACACUGAUGUAAUAAAAUAGCUAAAAUAAGCAUAACUAAGGGUGCCCUGAUGCAUCUCAGUAAUCCAGAUAGAAAAACACAAAAAAGUGGAUAGGUCUUCUGGUCGCGUUCUUCUCCCAGUGGAGUAAAAAAAAAAAAAAUACACUAGGGCAAAAACUGGUUCACCCCAAAGAUACAGUCCCCCAGCACAAAAAGACUAAUGUUGUGUAUGAUGUUAAGUGUCAGGAGGACUGUGACCAGUUGUACAUUGGGACACAAAGCAGCCACUAGCCAAAAGAAUGGCCUUCCACAGAAGAGCAACAUCAUCAGGCCAAGGUUCAAUGGUUUACACUCAUCUGCAGGUCAGCGAUCACUCUUUCAUGGAUGAAGAUGUUCUCAUCCUGAAUAUAGAGAAACGCUGGUUUGAAAGGGGAGUAAAGGAAGCCAUUUUCGUGUAGAAACCGCCCGCCGUUAAAAAGGGGUGGUGGCCUCCGGGUUAAUUUGUCCCCCUCUUACAAUUUUAUUAUUGCGAGCAUGACUCAGCCCCCUGGGAACAAUAAGUGUCCAUCAGAGCAAUCAAGAUUGGUUGGUAGUCUGAUGGUCCUCUUUUGCAUGCAAGCAACCUGUUUUGUCAAACUUGAACUUGUUGAUCCGCUAUGCAAAGGCACUGCUUAUAAAGCUAAGUUUACCUACAACUCUACAGGUUGAAGAAGUCUCUCAGAGAAGAGAAAAAAACAUUUCAACAAAGAAGAACCCAUCCAGAGGACCUAUCCAAUUUAUUUUCUAUAUAAACCAGGGGUGUUAAACUCAAGCCCAAGUGCUGGUGCCCUGCAAGUUUUAAAUGCAUCUCUGCUUCAACACACCUCAAUCAAAUAAAUAUGUCAUUAGUAACAAUGAUAUAACAUUGUUACUUGUAGUGUUUAUCAAAAUACCAGACAAGCAAAACUCAUAGGUAGGUAGUGUCCACUGACCUUUUUUCACACUGGACAAAAUAGCACUAUCAACAUGCAGUCUGUAUUAAAGCUCCAUCUGAUGUGCAUCGGAAAUUUGAACAAGGAUAGGAAAAUACAUUACAUCUGAUUUCAGCAAUUUUUAAGUGCAAAUCUGAAAACAAUUUAACGAGAUAGAAACUGACAGAAAUGCAACUAAACACAUCGUUUUUAGCCAUGUGGCCGCCAUGUUGAAUUGCAACCUCACAUCCAUCUGUUGAAAGUCAGAAAGUCUGAGAAAGGAACAGAAUCAAAUAGAGCCAAAGACUUGGAAAGUUAAAGAUAUGCAAGCCCUAUCUAUCUAUCUAUCUAUCUAUCUAUCUAUCUAUCUAUCUAUCUAUCUAUCUAUCUAUCUAUC